CGUCAACAAUUUGAACUUUUGUUUUAAACUGAAGAUCUUACCAAAAUGUGGAACAAACCUCCCGUUUUGAAGAAGACGAUCAAGGCGAAGGCGACGACCAACAUCAACACGAGGAAGGCGUCAGAUGCGAUGAUUGAGCUGCUGACGGUCCUGUUCCUGAAAAGUUUGGCCGAGGAGGCAAAAACCAAAGCUUUUGAAGAAAAGUCUGCGACGAUCAGACCUGAACAUGUCCGAAAUGUCGCCAAGGAAAUGUUGAAAAAGUCAAGAGGAUGAAGACACUGGAGAUCAUUCUGGACAAAAUACAUUUAAACUUUUUUUCUUAUUUUGUAUUUUUUUUUUUUUUAAUUGAAUUAGUUAUUGUUUCUGUGCCUCUUUUUAUGGCUCAGAAGCAAAUUCCUUUGUGCUUUACUUUAAAUCUGAGAUAUUUUCAGUCUUGUUCCUGGUGUGAAAAUAAUUUUCACAUCUGAGUAUUUUUUGCAGAAUGUAUACUCUAUAAUGCCUCUAUUAUUAAAUCCCUCAUGUGCACAAAUAGUGCUGCUUAUUUAUUAGGCAAAAUAGGUUAUUUUUAUGUGAGUCAGAAACUUUCAAAAGCUGAACAACUCUGUUAAUCGACCGUUUUUAACUUUGUGUUCCUCGUUUUCAAACUUCUCUCAGCUCUUGCCUCGCUCUCCUAUCGUCUGUCAUGCUUCAUGUUUUUAACCUCAUGCUUCACAGCCUCUUCGAAUUCCUCACCUCUUCACGCUACAUAGAUUAUCUGAGCCUCUGAGAUCAUAUCCAGCUCAUUCCUUAUCACCGCGGGGUUCUUCCCAGUAAGAUAUUCGCCCUCUGGAGCGUGUGUUACUCAGACGAGCAAGGGUCAAAGUCGUAAAAUAAUCCGAUCGCGCUGCCGAGUAUCUCUUAAAUGCUUACUGAAAAGCAUGUUGUGUCUGCUCCACCAGAGCCUUGACAGCAGGUGGUGAUCUGAAAGUUGUUUCUGGUUUGUAUUAUAUUGGUUUAACUUUUUUUUUUUAUUGACCUAUUUCCAGAAUUCUCUUUAUC